GAUUUAGUAGUAUAUACACCGUGUUCAUAUUCGCAACGUCGCGUCUGCGCGCGUGUUUCAUGUCCGCUGAAACGCAAAUUGAGAAAGUUUUUUCAAGCACAAAUUGUCUAUAAAUUCGUAUUCGAAACAUACACAUGUGAUUUUGUAAGAAUGUGUACUCAAUAUAUAUGUGAAAUAGGCCUAUGUACAUGAAUAUACAAAAGAUUUAAAUAAAUAUCCAAUACAAGUGAAUUUGGCACGUUAGCAAUAAAUACAAAACAUAACAAAGGGCGAAUGGAAGCCGUUUAAUAUUUUCGUUUCUGUUAUUCAGUUGUUGCCUCUGUAUAUAUUCGUCCGAUCCGUAUGUGAACAUCUGACGUCAUCGUUAAAUUGAUUUACAGAAUACGAUUUAAGCUCUGCACAGGCCUUACAUAACACACCUGCCAUUUUUAAAGGCUGAAGUUUCGACAGAGCUUGUUUUAAAUAUCUUCACGAAAUUCAGCGUGUCUGCUGCUCUCUCUACCAGUCUUCUUCUUUCUCCCUUACACCUUCGCUUUACUCAUUGGAUAUGCCCAGCGAUUGCAUCAUGCACCCGUAUAUGAGCAAAAGAGAAAUCAGCUUCACUCUUGCUGCUUUAGCUUUACCCAGGUGCUCACAGCACAGCGCGCAUCAGGCUGCAUGGUCAACAGGAUUUUGAACUAAUCUGAUGAGCUAUCAACGCCCAACUAGGCAUUGAACUAUUGUAGUCUCAGGUUUGAGUGCGUCAUUCAUUGGGUUUUCACCUAAACUAUAAAACAGCUGAGUCUCUGCUCGGAUAGCAACAAAUAAACUUUAAAAACUCCCACAAAAACAAAUUCAGCAAUAUGUUUGCAGGUGCCUAAGAAACCAGUUUUGUGUACCCCGAUUCCGAUUAGCUUUACUCUUGGACAUUCAGAUAGUAACAAUAAUAGUGCUUAAUAUUUCCGUUAUCAAAAAGUUUGUUUUCUUCGCGAUUUCGCCAACAGGCUUACCGCCUUGGCGGUGUACAACGCAAUGGAUUAUCAAGAUGAGCGACAUUUCAGCUGUAAGCCUAGAAUGUCGGGGACCUCAUCUCACAGGGUUGUAAACCUCAUCGUUUUGUUAUUCAUAUUUACCAUCGAUAUAACAUUUGUUUCUGAAGCCAUUUCACAAGAGCAGAAUGCGCCGCCAAUAUUAUAUGUUAGAGAACGAAAUUGGCGUAUUUCAGAAUCGGAAGAGGUGGGUCAGAUUAUUGAUCGUGUUCGUGCCGAAGACGCAGACGGAGAUGAUCUCGUAUUCGGAAUUGAGCCGCGCUUCCUCCCGCUCAUCGGCUCGAGUCAACAGACGAAUACACAGGGCAAACUGCCCUUCCGUAUAGAUCGCAAUACAGGUGUCGUCUAUCUGAACGAGAGCUUAUCUGGACGGGCCGGUGAAAAUUUUCUGAUAUAUAUAACUGUAUCGGAUGGACGCUACACAGCCAAAAAUGAAGUGUUUAUUAACAUAUUGGGAAGUCACGAAAGUGGAGGGUAUCAGGGAUUUGGAUCUCGUUCACCACCCUCGAUAUCGAACGUGGUAAAGAAUAUCUCCCAGUUCCUGCCAUCAUUUGAUCAACUGCCCGGCGUGCAGUCCAUUCGAAAUGGCUUGCCAAACCGGAGGCCGACGUUGAAUUUACCACAAGGUUUUCCGACAAGCAACGGUGGCAACUUCGUACCACCUCCCUUUAAAAAGCUGUAUCCUCCAAUAACAGCUCCGGACUUGAGCCAGGAAGAAGACAAUAAAGUAAUUGGCACAGAGCCGACACAGACGCCCGUCUCGGUCCAAUCCACAAAUAGCUCCACUGCAUCUACCCCGCGUAGUCGCACCAAGCUGACACCAAUAGCUAAUCACACCUCAGACAACUCUCUGCCCUCUGGGGCAGACUCAAAACCUGAUCACAAGGACGACAACGGUCAGAGCAAGCUGACUGAUUUCAACUUAAAGUCCUUCGCAAGUCCAAUUAUUAUUGGGCUUUGUUGCAUUUUUGCAAUAUCUUUGACUAUUCUCGCCUAUGUGUGUCGCAGUCGCUUGUGCGCUAUCAGCAAAACGAUGAAGAAGUCCAAGGAGAAGGAAGAGCUCUCCAAGAAGUCCAAUCCUAGUCAUCUCAGCACACUAACCGACGACAGUCGCAAUUCGAUGGUCAUGCAACAGUGGCAAGGACCCUCCGCCUUCGGGAACCGCUACGUGCCCUGGGAGCGGGAUCAACAGCUACCAAUAACGUCAUCCUAUCAACCACCAAUGAAUGCAGCGAACAGCAUCGAUGCUUCAAUGUCAGCCUCCGCUGUGGGAUCAACCGGCCUGACUAACGGUACGCCUAACGGACGUGCCACUCUAUCAGAAGGUGGCUUCGGCACUGAUCCCAACACAGAUCAUUGGGAGUUCCCAAGGCAUCGACUGAAGUUCUUUAAUAUACUGGGUGAAGGUGCCUUCGGCCAAGUUUGGCGCUGCGAAGCAACUGGCUUGGCCGGCUCCGCAGAGGUCACUACGGUUGCAGUGAAAACUUUGAAGGAGAGUGCAGAUGAAAUCGAAAAAAAGGAUUUGCUCUCCGAAUUAGAGGUGAUGAAAAGUCUGGAGCCUCACGUAAAUGUCGUUCAGCUUUUGGGUUGCUGCACAGAAAAGGAUCCAACCUUUGUGAUACUCGAGUACGUUAGUCGAGGAAAAUUGCAAACAUAUUUGAGAAACUCACGAGCAGAAAGGCAUUAUGGAAAUACUCACGGAAAAUCAAAUGUGUUGACAUCAGGCGACUUAACUUCGUUCAUGUAUCAAGUUGCUAGAGGAAUGGAUUAUUUAACGUCGCGCGGGAUAAUCCAUCGUGACCUUGCUGCGCGCAAUAUUUUGAUCACUGAUGAUCAUACAUGCAAAGUCGCUGAUUUUGGAUUUGCGAGAGAUAUCGUCACAUCUAAGAUAUACGAGCGAAAGAGCGAAGGAAAACUUCCAAUUAGAUGGAUGGCUACAGAAUCACUUUAUGAUAACAUAUUUUCAAUAAAAUCGGAUAUCUGGAGCUUUGGUAUAUUAAUGUGGGAGAUCGUUACAUUGGGAUCCACACCUUAUCCAGGUAUAUCUGCUGCCGAUGUAAUGCGCAAGGUUCGAGACGGAUAUCGUCUUGAAAAACCAGAGCAUUGUCGAAGGGAGCUCUACAAUAUUAUGUACUAUUGUUGGUCCCAAGAUGCCAAUGAGCGACCAACGUUUGCAGAGAUAAUAAAGAUGCUCGAAAAAUUACUGCACACUGAAAUGGACUAUAUCGAAUUGGAACGUUUUCCAGAUCAUAACUAUUAUAAUAUUGUGAAUCUCAGUGGGGAAAAGUUAUAAGUCACAAUGUUUUAUUUACAAAAAAAAAAAAGGAAGAAACGGAAAAAAGGAGGGGUCGAUCACGCACUGCCACGAAGAGCUUUAUUAUAUGUAAACUAAGUAGGAAAGUAUAGUGUCUUCACUAUAUUUUUGCAAGAAUAUUUAUUGUAUAAACUUUUUAUUUUUAUAAUUAUUAUAUUUAUUAUUAUCAUUCAAUGUAAAAUAACAAUAUGGUUAUCGUUAAUAAAAAAAUGAUAUAAUACAGCA